CGCCAGUUCACAACUUGCCGGGGUCUUUCAUUUUUAUUUCGUAAUUUUUCACAUUUAUGGCUACCCUGUUUUGAAGCAUCUUUCUUCAAGGCUGCAUUUAUAUCUUACCUCUCUGCCUGCACUAAUCUACGUAGUUUUAGGUUGUAGAAGCACGAUGAGCCUUUGUUAAAUUUGAGCGUACCGCGGUGCGUAUGUACUGCAUUCAGCUAGGCAGGCGUUCAAGUUUGUAAUGGCGGUGGUGGGCAGUCACAGUAGACAGAUGGCUUACAACGGGGCCCCCGCUCCCCGAGAACACGCAAUUCUGAGCGCCACUCAGCCCUUCUACCAAGCAGCGACAGUAACCCGUACAGAUGUAGAACCAGACCGUCCCAUAGGCUAUGGAGCUUUCGGAGUUGUGUGGUCAGUUACUGAUCCAAGGGAUGGCAAGAGAGUGGCACUUAAGAAAAUGCCCAAUGUCUUCCAAAAUCUUAUAUCCUGUAAAAGAGUCUACAGAGAACUUAAAAUGCUAUUCUAUUUUCGUCAUGAUAAUGUAUUAAAAGCUUUAGACAUUCUCCAGCCUCCACACAUUGACUUCUUUGAAGAAAUUUAUGUAGUUACAGAAUUAUUACAGAGUGAUCUUCAUAAGAUUAUAGUGUCUCCCCAGCCACUGAGUGCAGACCAUGUCAAAGUCUUCCUCUAUCAAAUAUUACGAGGCUUGAAGUAUCUGCACUCAGCAAAUAUCCUCCAUCGAGAUAUCAAACCAGGAAAUCUUCUUGUCAACAGUAACUGUGUACUUAAAAUUUGUGAUUUUGGUUUAGCCAGAGUGAUUGAACCUGAUGAAAAUAGACAUAUGACAUUGGAGGUUGUUACACAGUACUAUCGAGCACCUGAAAUCUUAACGGGAGCAAAACAUUACAGCUAUGGGGUUGAUGUGUGGUCAGUCGGGUGUAUAUUUGCUGAACUGUUGGGAAGGCGAAUAUUGUUCCAAGCACAGAGUCCCGUAGCACAAUUGGAUCUUAUCACAGACCUGUUGGGAACUCCAAACAUGGAAGAUUUAAAACAUGCCUGUGAGGGCGCUAAAGCACAUAUACUCAGGGGAGCCCAGAAGCCACCAACAUUAGCAGCACUCUAUAACCUAUCAAACCAAGCUACUCAUGAAGCUGUACAUUUACUAUGCAGAAUGCUUGUCUUCAAUCCUGAUAAGAGAAUCAAGUGCAUAGAUGCCUUGGCGCAUCCCUACUUAGAUGAAGGAAGACUUCGAUAUCAUACAUGUAUGUGUCGAUGUUGUCAUAAUACGUCAUCAGGAAGACAAUAUACAUCAGACUUUGAACCAAUUGCUCCAGUGCCAUUUGACUCAAAUUUUGAAGACCAUCUCACAACUGCUCAUCAAGUCAAAGAUCGUCUUCAUACAUUUAUAACAGACAGACACCAUGGUAACAGUGUACCAUUAUGCAUCAACCCUCAUUCGGCUGCCUUCAAGAGUUUUGCCAGCUCAUCUGUUGCUAGUGCUUCAGAAUUACCUCCAUCACCUCAACCAUGGGAGUAAGUUACUAUGGAGACCAACUCUUUUUCUACCACUCAAGGUGCUGGACUAAAUGAACACAUGUAACAGUGCAAGUUGUUUGACAUUUCAUCUUAUUUAUUUGGAGAGAAACAGGGAUAGUAUAUUUUACAACCAGAAAUUAAAAAUGAAGAAAAAAUAACUGCCAACAAGUCUUGGACUUGUCAACGCUUUAUAAUACAAUUUUUUUGUAAAUAAUUGAAACUGAAAUAAGUGGUGUGCCGUAUCUGGUUAUCCAAAGAUUGGAAACUGAGAUUCAUAUCGAGGCUUGUGCAUAACUUACCAAUUGUAGAAGCAAUCACUAGCGACAAUCUGACCUGAACUGAUGGCAAUCAACGUAGUAUUGUGGUUCUCCUGACUGCCAUUUACUUCAAUUCUCUGUUUACAUGGGAAAAGCAGGUCAAAAACUAGGAAGCCAUUUGCGCUCAGGGUAGGCUGGAAGAUUUAUUAAAUGCAUUCAAUAAUAGACCUGCCACCCCUUUCACAGUUAAUGGAAUCUGCUGAACUUUUGCAUAUCGUAGGAAUUGUCCAUUUUGGAGGGGUGUGUAGGCUAUUGCUUUUGAUGAUGAGCAGGUGAAAUCAAAUGCAGCUCUCCCAGGAAUCAGCCUGCGUAACUGCUGUCCAAACUUUUUUUCUGUACAUAUUUUUAUUUGAUAUUUGAGGACUGUAGACAAAAUUGUGGUAGUCAUAAAAAAGAAAAUUUGGAAAAAAAAUUAAACCAAGGAGUAUUUUGGAGAUCGGCUGAACUUUUUUCAUCUUUGCACUUGACCCCAAAAAUCUUAUUCAAAACACUGCACUUUUCAAUAGCAGACAUAUCUUGAGCAGGGAUCAUAGUUUUAGUUUGUACGUAGAAACACUUUUUACUUUCAUACAUUGCAUGUAUUUUUAAUUUUUAGAAAAAAAAUGAAUGGUCACAGGCCUUUUUUUGCAUUCCACUCUGCCUGUCAUUUGUACUUUGUAGAAUUUUGUAAAAUCAAGGAAGUAGUAUUUUAUAGAAAUUCUCAUCUAGAAUUAUAGAAAGCUUGAUUUAAAAGAAGUGAUAACCAUGUCUGUGUUUAGAUUUUUAGAUCUGUGUAAAGUCCCAGGGAAAUGUUUUUUUUUGUGUGUAAGAGUACUACAAGUAAACUAUAGCUUUGGUGAUAACAAGUUGUGCAAUGAGCAGUUAGUUUCGUGCCAAUAAGUACCAUCUUGUAUUUAUUUGUAGUCUGCAGAUUCUUUCAAGGUCCACUGUAUGAAAACAAAUUUUGAAUUCCAUUUUUUACUUCUUAUAUCAACUUUUACAAUCAUGAGAUUAAAAAAAAAAAAAUCA